AAUUGAAAAGGUAUUACAUGGUUUACACCAACAACAAGUAGAUUUCCAUAUGUAACCACACAAGUGACAAGGCACAUAAAUGCAGCACUUUUGUCAUCUGGAUGAAUGUUCACCAGGCAGCUACCUCUGGGACUGAUCAAUGCAACAUAUGUUAACAUGUUUAAUACUGUCAUUAACUUGCAAAGAUAACUUUUAUGAUUGCAAUAUGUCAUUGUGUUUUGUAUUUUGCAGUGGCAUUCAAUUGUUUUUUUUGGUUGCUAUUUUGGAAAUAAUAAUCUACAUGGUGCUUAAGGCAGUAAUAAUGAAUAGUAAUGAUGCACUUAAUGCUGUGUGAUCUAAUGUAUGUAUCUAACUAUAAAGCUUUGUUUGGUCAUCCUGUAAAAAUACCAGAUUCACCCUAAACGCUAAAGAUAUAAGCAAAUGAGGGUCAUCCAGUCUGCUGGACAUAAUAAGUAAGUGGAAGUAAGUUGUUACAAACAGUAGGUGUUUAAAUGCUGGCCACAUGGGCUUGAGCUUAAGUUAUUAUAUUAUUUAAAUACGUUGAUUAGUUUGGUCACCGGAGUUGCCUCAUAUUCAACUUUGAUAGAGCCGGUUAAUUUCCUUUAUUAUAUUGAAUGGUUAAAUAGAACAUUAAAGUUACCAUGGGCCUCAGUAAAAUUCACAUGUUAAAUGUGCAUAGAUCCACUGACACUAACCAACAUCUCAGUUAUAAUAUUACAAUCUGAAUCUGACAGAAAGGACCCAGGUUCAUCCCAACCAAAGUGUCCACCAGCCAUGCAAGAGCAAUUCACGUGAAUGCCAGUACUGAUCACAAAGUGUUUAUCAAGGCAUGUAACGGUGCAGCUAGUUUGUCUAACUUUAUAUACUGCAGGAUAGAUUGUGAUUUUACUCCAGGUUUAACUAAAGUCUUAUUUAAGUGUUGAUUAUAUCAUAUUAUCCAAAUCUGCAAAGUAAUUUAAGGUACAACAUAAGUGAAGUAACAGUCGACAAUUUACCUCUGAAUUGUAGUGGAGUAGAAGUACAAAAUAGCAUAAAAUGAAAAUACUCAAGUAAAGUACAAGUAUUUAAAAAUUGUAUUCAAGUACAGUACUUUGAGUAAAUGUACUUAGUACCUUCCUACCUCUGGCCGUGAAAAUCGUUUCAAAUGUUAUGUAUACUUGUGAGAAAAGGUUCACCCAGAUGUCGAACAAAAGUGAUUCAUGCAACUCACUGAACAAGAGUUGGGGAACAUGUUAUUUUAUGUUAUUGUUUGUUUCCCUUAUUAGUUAUUGGGGGAUAUUGGGACAAUGUGUUUUUUAACGUCAAUCCAGUAGGUGGCGGUAAUGUAACUAUCAGUGCAGACCGCCUCCCUAAACCAACGAAGAAGAACAUUCCACCGGAAGUUGUGUAGUUCAUACCACAUCCAUGUGGUUCAUACGGUUCAUACCAACGAGAAAAACACAAGUUGGUUCGGCCGGGUACCCCUCGAGCGUCAGUUUUCAACGGGCAGGGUGUCCCAUAGACCUUCAUAGACCUUCCAUAGCGUUGAUAAUAGACGCGAUGAGAACGCUCCCCGCUGCAUCAAAAUUCAACGAGCGGAUUCCGUUUUCAGCUGAAGCGUAUGGUUCAGUGUUCCUGAAACUUUUUUUGGGCAGCUUUUAUAGAAAUUAAUGUAAUCAUAGCGUCUGUAAAUAAAGUUUUGGGCGCGCACGUGUGACGUCAUCUAUGCGACGAUGUUAAAGCGAUUUCCACUAGAUUCUUCUGAGUUCUCAAUGAAAGCUAAACACCAUUAUAAGCUGUAAUAGCGUAAAUCCAAAGGCACUUUUAAGAGCCACGUCCCUGUCGUUUCCCCGUCCUUGCUGUAGUGAAAUUGUCCUAUCUCUGUUGCUGUCUGUGUAUCUGUCAGUGUACCUGUGUAUGUGUCUUAUCUGUCCAUCUUUCUGUUGUUAGUCCCUUUCUGUAUUUUUGUUUUUCUAUACUUGUUUGUCAUGACUCGACCUAAGUUCAGGCCCUGCCCAGCUUGCCAGACUCCAAAUCAGAGGAGCAGGAAAACGUGCAGUGCCUGCUACGGAAGCCUGUCAAACAAAACCAAACUGAAAGAAAAAGCGGCAUCACUGAAUAGUGAAUGGGGCCAAGGUGUGGUGAAAAACAGAAAUGUUGGACGUAUAAUUGAUUCUGCCUGUAUUGCAGUGCGGAAACUUGAGGCUCUAGGCUACAAGCCAAUUCUAUUUUAUGGCAAGCCAAAAAGGGCUUCAAAUAUGUGGGCUGCUGAUAUAAUAACCUAUCUUCCCCCCACUCCUGCCACCAAAACCUUACUGGACAAAAUGCGGAGGGCUUAUGAAUUCCUCUUGGCAAAGGAGCUCCCUCAGCAACAUGUCUGUAAUGAGGAUGAGGUUCUCACUGACCAGCAGCUCUGUGGUCAGGAAAGGAACUCCAGUCUGGACCAAGAGGACCCAGAGCCUCCACAGAUUAAAGAGGAACAGGAGGAACUUUGCACCCGUCAAGAGGAAGAGCAGCUUGAACUAAAGCAGGAGACUGAUGUCUUCAUGGUGACUCUUACUGAUGAGGAAAGUGUGCACAGCGGACAGACUUGUGCAAAAGAGUCUGUAGACAAACCUCAGAUAAAGCUGCACAGAACAGAGCUCCCUCAGCAACAUGUCUGUAAUGAGGAGGAGGUUCUCACUGACCAGCAGCUCUGUAGUCAGGAAAGGAACUCCAGUCUGGACCAAGAGGACCCAGAGCCUCCACAGAUUAAAGAGGAACAGGAGGAACUUUGCACCCGUCAGGAGGAAGAGCAGCUUCAACUAAAGCAGGAGACAGAUGUCUUCAUGGUGACUCUUACUGAUGAGGAAAGUGUGCACAGCGGACAGACUUGUGCAAAAGAGUCUGUAGGCAACAUGCCAGUUAUAAGCGUUGUGGUAUCAGAAGUACAAAGUAAUCUGCAGCUCAUCUCUCACAAUUCUAAUGACUCAGGGUUAACAAGAACUGCCGAUCCAGUAAUAGACAAAAUGCAUCACAAAACCAAAAGGAACAAUGUAAACAACGCUAACUUGUCAGACAUGCAACGUAAUACUUACACUGUAAAAAAAAAGAAAAUGUGAAACUUGUCGGAAAUAUUUUAAAGACAUGUCAAUACUGCGAACACACAUGACCAUCCACACAGAUGUAAAGCCAUAUUCUUCCCGAACAUGUGGAAUGUAGGCCACAUGCGAGUCCACACAGAUGAAAAUGUAUUUAAUUGCAAAACGUGGGGGAAAAAAUUCAGAGAUAACAGUAACUUUAAGAGGCACAUGAGAUUCCACACAGGUGAGACACCGUAUACUUGUAAAGAAUGUGGGAACAAUUUCAGACGUAAAGAUGAAUUAUUGAUCCACAUGAGAAGGAUUCACUGACUAGAAGAUGUAACUUUGAAUUGAAAAGGUAUUACAUGGUUUACACCAACAAGUAGAUUUCCAUAUGUACCCACUCAAGUGGCAAGGCACAUAAAUGCAGUACUUUUUUCAUCUGGAUGAAUGUUCACCAGGCAGCUACCUCUGGGACUGAUCAAUGCAACAUAUGUUAAGAUGUUUAAUACUGUCAUUAACUUGCAAAGAUAACUUUUAUGAUUGCGAUAUGUCAUUGUGUUUUGUAUUUUGCAGUGGCAUUCAAUUGUUUUUUGGUUGCUAUUUUGGUUUUGAGGUGACACUUGCUGAAGUUGGAAAUAAUAAUCUACAUGGUGCUUAAGGCAGUAAUAAGGAAUAGUAAUGAUGCACUUAAUUCUGUGUGAUCUAAUGUAUGUAUCUAACUAUAAAGCUUUGUUUGGUCAUCCUGUAAAAAUACCAGAUUCACCCUAAACGCUAAAGAUAUAAGCAAAUGAGGGUCAUCCAGUUGCUGAUAGGUAUGACUGACAUAAGUAAGUGGAUGUAAGUUGUUACAAACAGUAGGUGUUUAAAUGAUAGCCACAUGGGCUUGAGCUUAAGUUAUAUUAUUUAAAAACGUUGAUUAGUUUGAUCACCGGAGUUGCCUCAUAUUGAACUUUGGUAACAGUAAUAAGAGAUUGCAUUUGAAUCACAAGUAAGAUCUUGAACAAUUUCAAAUAAAAAACGAAAUUGUUCUCAGAUGGCAUCUUAUUGCUUUCCUUUCAUGCAACAUAAAGUUCUACUUUUCAUUUUACAGAAUACUUUCCAAGGCGGUACAUUCAUUUGACGGCUAUCAAUUAAAUGAAAAACGUCUAUGUUUCUGAUUAAAGUUUUCCAUUAAAAAAGUGUUCACACAUUAUGUAAAGUCCUUA